AUUGUCCCUGGCGCUGGCGAGGUGUCCGGUUGCGGAGCCGGCUGCGUCUCUGGAAAUGCAUCCUGCAUCCCCGCAUGGAUAACAGCUGCAGCUAUGUCAGAAUUGCACAAAGAGGGGAGAGUGUCAUUGUGUGCCUUUUGACACAUACGUUAAGACCAAAAAGGAAAAAAAGCGUCUAUCUGUGCUGCCACCGACCAGACUCAUGGAGGCCAGAUUUUCUCCAAUUAACCAGAUCUUGCCCUGGUGCAGACAAGACUUAGCCAUCAGCAUCAGCAAAGCCAUCAACACCCAGGAGGCCCCCGUGAAGGAGAAGCACGCCCGGCGCAUCAUUCUGGGCACACACCACGAGAAGGGGGCUUUCACCUUCUGGUCCUACGCCAUUGGGCUGCCGCUGCCCAGCAGCUCCAUUCUCAGCUGGAAGUUCUGCCACGUCCUCCACAAGGUCCUUCGAGACGGGCACCCCAAUGUGCUGCAUGACUGCCAGCGGUACCGCAGCAACAUCCGGGAGAUUGGAGACCUGUGGGGACAUUUGCAUGACCGCUACGGACAGCUGGUGAAUGUCUACACCAAGCUGCUGCUGACCAAGAUCUCCUUCCACCUCAAGCAUCCCCAGUUUCCCGCGGGCCUGGAGGUGACAGACGAGGUACUGGAGAAGGCAGCUGGGACCGAUGUCAACAACAUCUUCCAGCUCACUGUGGAGAUGUUUGAUUACAUGGAUUGUGAGCUGAAGCUUUCUGAAUCAGUUUUCCGACAGCUCAACACGGCCAUCGCCGUAUCCCAGAUGUCCUCAGGCCAGUGCCGCCUGGCCCCCCUCAUCCAGGUCAUCCAGGACUGCAGCCACCUCUACCACUACACGGUCAAGCUCCUGUUCAAGCUACACUCUUGUCUCCCUGCGGACACCCUGCAAGGCCACAGGGACCGGUUCCACGAGCAGUUUCACAGCCUCAGGAACUUCUUCCGCAGAGCCUCCGACAUGCUGUACUUCAAGCGGCUCAUCCAGAUCCCCCGGCUGCCCGAGGGACCCCCUAACUUCCUGCGGGCCUCAGCCCUGGCUGAGCACAUCAAGCCGGUGGUGGUGAUCCCCGAGGAGGCCCCGGAGGAUGAGGAGCCGGAGAAUCUCAUUGAGAUCAGCACAGGGCCCCCCGUGGGGGAGCCAGUGGUGGUGGCUGACCUCUUCGAUCAGACGUUUGGACCCCCCAAUGGCUCUGUGAAGGACGACAGGGACCUCCAGAUUGAGAGCUUGAAGAGAGAGGUGGAAAUGCUCCGCUCUGAACUGGAGAAGAUCAAGCUGGAGGCCCAGCGGUACAUCGCGCAGCUGAAGAGCCAGGUGAAUGCACUGGAGGGUGAGCUGGAGGAGCAGCGGAAGCAGAAGCAGAAGGCCCUGGUGGAUAAUGAGCAGCUCCGCCACGAGCUGGCCCAGCUGAGGGCUGCCCAGCUGGAGGGCGAGCGGAGCCAGGGCCUGCGUGAGGAGGCUGAGAGGAAGGCCAGUGCCACAGAGGCGCGCUACAACAAGCUGAAGGAAAAGCACAGUGAGCUCGUCCAUGUGCAUGCGGAGCUGCUCAGAAAGAACGCGGACACAGCCAAGCAGCUGACGGUGACGCAGCAAAGCCAGGAGGAGGUGGCGCGGGUGAAGGAGCAGCUGGCCUUCCAGGUGGAGCAGGUGAAGCGGGAGUCGGAGUUGAAGCUAGAGGAGCAGAGCGACCAGCUGGAGAAGCUCAAGAGGGAGCUGGAGGCCAAGGCUGGAGAGCUGGCCCGCGCACAGGAGGCCCUGAGCCACACAGAGCAGAGCAAGUCGGAGCUGAGCUCACGGCUGGACACGCUGAGUGCGGAGAAGGAUGCUCUGAGUGGAGCUGUGCGGCAGCGGGAGGCAGACCUGCUGGCGGCGCAGAGCCUGGUGCGCGAGACAGAGGCGGCGCUGAGCCGGGAGCAGCAGCGCAGCUCCCAGGAGCAGGGCGAGUUGCAGGGCCAGCUGGCAGAGAGGGAGUCUCAGGAGCAGGGGCUGCGGCAGAGGCUGCUGGACGAGCAGUUCGCAGUGCUGCGGGGCGCUGCUGCCGAGGCCGCGGGCAUCCUGCAGGAUGCCGUGAGCAAGCUGGACGACCCCCUGCACCUGCGCUGUACCAGCUCCCCAGACUACCUGGUGAGCAGGGCCCAGGAGGCCUUGGAUGCCGUGAGCACCCUGGAGGAGGGCCACGCCCAGUACCUGACCUCCUUGGCAGGUGGCAGAGCACUGAAGGGCCCGGGGCCACACACUGGUGUGGUUCCCACUGCCUCCUGGACGUCGUCUUGCCGAGCCCUCCUUUCCUCUUCCUCCUCCUCCUGGGAGAGCUGGCCACCGACGGUGCCAGUGCUAGUGUCUCAGUGUCAUCCUCCCCCAACCUUGGCCCCACCCACCCGCACAGACGCCUCCGCCCUGGUGGCAGCUCUGACCCGCUUCUCCCACCUGGCUGCGGAUACCAUCAUCAAUGGCGGUGCCACCUCGCACCUGGCUCCCACCGACCCUGCCGACCGCCUCAUAGACACCUGCAGGGAGUGCGGGGCCCGGGCUCUGGAGCUCAUGGGGCAGCUGCAGGACCAGCAGGCUCUGCGGCACAUGCAGGCCAGCCUGGUGCGGACACCCCUGCAGGGCAUCCUUCAGCUGGGCCAGGAACUGAAACCCAAGAGCCUGGAUGUGCGGCAGGAGGAGCUGGGGGCCAUGGUCGACAAGGAGAUGGCGGCCACAUCCGCAGCCAUUGAAGAUGCCGUGCGGAGGAUCGAGGACAUGAUGAACCAGGCACGCCACGCCAGCUCGGGGGUGAAGCUGGAGGUGAACGAGAGGAUCCUCAACUCCUGCACAGACCUGAUGAAGGCUAUCCGGCUUCUGGUGACGACAUCCACUAGCCUGCAGAAGGAGAUCGUGGAGAGCGGCAGGGGGGCAGCCACGCAGCAGGAAUUUUACGCCAAGAACUCGCGCUGGACCGAAGGCCUCAUCUCGGCCUCCAAGGCUGUGGGCUGGGGAGCCACACAGCUGGUGGAGGCAGCUGACAAGGUGGUGCUUCACACGGGCAAGUAUGAGGAGCUCAUCGUCUGCUCCCACGAGAUCGCAGCCAGCACGGCCCAGCUGGUGGCGGCCUCCAAGGUGAAGGCCAACAAGCACAGCCCCCACCUGAGCCGCCUGCAGGAAUGUUCUCGCACAGUCAAUGAGAGGGCUGCCAAUGUGGUGGCCUCCACCAAGUCAGGCCAGGAGCAGAUUGAGGACAGAGACACCAUGGAUUUCUCCGGCCUGUCCCUCAUCAAGCUGAAGAAGCAGGAGAUGGAGACCCAGGUGCGUGUCCUGGAGCUGGAGAAGACGCUGGAGGCUGAACGCAUGCGGCUGGGGGAGUUGCGGAAGCAACACUAUGUGCUGGCUGGGGCAUCAGGCAGCCCUGGAGAGGAGGCGGCCAUCCGGCCCAGCACUGCCCCCCGAAGUGUAACCACCAAGAAACCACCCCUGGCCCAGAAGCCCAGUGUGGCCCCCAGACAGGACCACCAGCUUGACAAAAAGGAUGGCAUCUACCCAGCUCAACUCGUGAACUACUAGGCCCCCCAGGGGUCCAGCAGGGUGGCUGGUGACAGGCCUGGGCCUCUGCAACUGCCCUGACAGGACCGAGGGGCCGUGCCCCUCCACCUGGUGCCCAAGCCUCCCGCCCCACCGUCUGGAUCAGUGUCCUCAAGGCCCCUGGCCCUUACUGAGCCUGCAGGGUCCUGGGCCAUGUGGGUGGUGCUUCUGGAUGUUGAGUCUCUUAUUUAUCUGCAGAAGGAACUUUGGGGUGCAGCCAGGACCCGGUAGGCCUGAGCCUCAACUCUUCAGAAAAUAGAGUGUUUUUAAUAUUCUGAGCUAGAGCUCUUCUUCCUACGUUUGUAGUCAGCACACUGGGAAACCGGGCCAGCGUGGGGCUCCCUGCCUUCUGGACUCCUGAAGGUUGUGGAUGGAUGGAAGGCACACAGCCCGUGCCGGCUGAUGGGACGAGGGUCAGGCAUCCUGUCUGUGGCCUUCUGGGGCACCGAGUCUACCAGGCCCUCCAGCUGCGUGGUCUCCGCAGACCAGGCUCGGUGUGGGCUAGAGGAAUGUCGCCCAUUACUCCUCAGGCCUGGCCCUCGGGCCUCCGUGAUGGGAGCCCCCCAGGAGGGGUCAGAUGCUGGAAGGGGCCGCUUUCUGGGGAGUGAGGUGAGACAUAGCGGCCCAGGCGCUGCCUUCACUCCUGGAGUUUCCAUUUCCAGCUGGAAUCUGCAGCCACCCCCAUUUCCUGUUUUCCAUUCCCCCGUUCUGGCCGCGCCCCACUGCCCACCUGAAGGGGUGGUUUCCAGCCCUCCGGAGAGUGGGCUUGGCCCUAGGCCCUCCAGCUCAGCCAGAAAAAGCCCAGAAACCCAGCUGCUGGACCAGGGCCCUCAGGGAGGGGACCCUGCGGCUAGAGUGAGCUAGGCCCUGGCUUUGCCCAUCAGAUUUGAACGAAUGUGUGUCCCUUGAGCCCAAGGAGAGCAGCAGGAAGGGUGGGACCAGGCUGGGAGGACAGAGCCAGCAGCUGCCAUCAGCUGCCAUGCCCUCUUGCUCCCCCCCACCCCAGCCCUAGCCCUUUAGCCUUUCACCCUGUGCUCUGGAAAGGCUACCAAAUACUGGCCAAGGUCAGGAGGAGCAAAAAUGAGCCAGCACCAGCGCCUUGGCUUUGUGUUAGCAUUUCCUCCUGAAGUGUUCUGUUGGCAAUAAAAUGCACUUUGACUGUUUGUUGUCA